GGUAUUCAAUACUACAGCAACAAAACUUUUCAACUUUAAAUUAAGUUUGAGGAAUAUUUAGUAGGCCUAUCAAGGAAAAUGACUGAACCAACGGGAAGCGAAGAUGAUUUUAUUGACGAUAUUAUGAAUCAAUUGAUGGUUGAAAAUACAGUGCGGUUAGUGCACGAUGAUACACUGAAUCAAGAGCUUGACACUGGGCCUACUUCUGAAGAAGAUCAAGUGUUAACUCCACACUUGUUUGAAGAAAAUUUUAAUCUCAUUGAGGCUGAUGUGGUUCUGGAAGAUGGUUUGAACAUAAGCGAUGUUGUUGGACAACAAAUUAUUUUAACAGAAGAUUCUUUUGAAAAAAGUGCAAACAAUAAUAUCAUAUCAGAUCAGCAAGUGGAUGUUAAAAGAUCAAGUAAAUGUAACAUUAACAAUACACAUCGUGUUUCACCUAAUGAUUUUGAUGAUAUGGAAGAAGAUCCUGAUGACCCUGACUUCAUUUUUCCUGCAAGUGACGGGAAUAGUUCUGAUUCAGAACAUAGUAGGCCUACAGCAAACAGUGAAGAUACCGGAGAGCAGAAUGUAACGAUAGAGACAAACCAAAGAUCAGAAGAAAAUCAGAGGACUGUGGUAGAAGAAUUUGGUGAUUUAAGUGAGAAUAACAGCUCACAAGAUGCACAGGCCCAAGUGGGUAGGAAAAGAAAAAGGAGCAAGAAAGCUGUGCCUUCUGAAUGGGAGGUAAAUAGAAAUAAACAUCGUCGUAUGACUGGGCAAACGUAUACUGGCUUUACUAGAAGAAUGGUUGGUGAUAAGAUUGUAGUUAAAAAAGGUGGAGAAAAAGAAGAAAGAAAACUGGGCCCAAAGUGUAACUCCAAAAUUUGCAAUGCUAAUAAAAAGAGGCGUUGCGGUGAAUUUUCUGAAGAAGAUCGGAAGAGUAUUUUUAAAAAUUUCUGGGACUUGUCGUGGAAUGAAAAAAAAUUGUUUGUGAAUUCAUUUAUUACAAGAACAAAACCUAAACGAAGAACUAUAGGGGACCCUGGUAAUAGCAGGAGAAAGGGUACAUUUACGUACUUUUUAAGACUGAGAGGUGAAAAUAAGCAGGUAUGUAAAAAGUUUUUUUUAAAUACCUUGGCUUUAAAAGAGUGGAUGACACACAAUUGGCUGGAUAAAGAAGAUAGUGUUUUGAUUGAAGAAGCAGCUAAUGAAAACCUCGAUCUUACUAAUACUAACAAUAAUGCAAACGAUGGAUCAAGACAUGGAAGAAGAAGUGAAAAGGAAAAGGUUAUAGAGGAAUGGCUGGAUAGUCUUCCAAAAGUUCCUUCACACUACUGUAGGAAGUCGUCCAAAAAAUUAUACCUUGAACCAGUUUGGGAAUCGAAAAAAGCAAUGUUCAAUGAAUUUAAAAAAUAUGCUAUAGCUAAUCAAAAACCUUGGGGUAGUAUAACAUUAUUCAUGAGUGUCUUUGAAAGGAAAAAUUUGUCUAUAUAUGUUCCAAAGAAGGAUCAAUGUGAUGUAUGUUCUUCUUUCAAAGUUGGGAAUAUUUCGAAGGAAACAUAUGAUAACCAUCUAAAAGAAAAAGAGAGAGCUAGGGAUGAAAAAGAAAGAGAUAAACAACGAGCAAUUGCGGAAGAAAUUUAUUGUUUGACUGUUGAUGUAGAAGCAGUGAAGCUGACACCUCUCACAAGAGCUAGCGCUAUGUAUUAUAAAACGAAACUUUGUUCACACAACUACACGGUCUAUAAUCUAGCCACCAAGCAUUGUACGUGUUAUUGGUUUAACGAAGUAGAGGGAGAUCUGUCAGCCAAUACUUUUGCUACAUGCAUUACAGACUACCUAAAAGAACAUUGCUUGAGCCCUAUCCGCCCCAUCAUCAUAUAUUCCGAUGGUGCCACAAACCAAAAUAGAAACCAGAUUUUGGCUAACGCGCUGUUACAUUUUGCAGUACAAAAUAAUGUACAAGUGUCCCAAAAGUUCUUGAUAAAGGGGCACACUCAUAUGGAGGGUGACUUUGUUCAUGCAAAAAUCGAAGAAAGACUAAAGGGCAAAGAAGUGUACGUGCCACAUGAAUUUGUUAAAUAUACACAGGAGGCUAGGCAGAAGCCUUUUCCAUAUAACACAAAAUACCUCACCCAUGAUUUUUUUAAAGACUUUAGUAAAUUAUCCUACUACGAUUCAAUCAGACCAGGACGGACUAAGGGCGACCCAGUUGUUGUAGACAUUCAUUGCCUUCAAUAUGAUCCGAAAGAAGUAAGGAUUAAAUACAAGCUUAACUUCGAUGAAGAAUUACAAGAUUUACCGAGGAGGCCAGCCAAAGUAGGAAAAGACAUGCAACCUUCACAGUUGUUUAAGCAUAGACUUCCUUUAACAGAGUCAAAGUGGAAGCAUCUCCAGGAAUUAAAGACUGUAAUUCCCAGUGAUUACCAUCAAUUCUACGAUUCCUUACCAUAUAAGAAGGCGUAGUUAAAAAUCUAAAAUGAUAGGCUAAACAUUUUUUCAAAUAAUGUCGUAUCUUUUUUAUCAAUAACAAGUGAUUUUAUAACAGUACUGAAAGUUAGGGCCAAGCUAUUUCCGAUUUUUUAAUACUGUACUGGUAUUUGUAUCCUGUAUUUUAUUUGACCCUAUACUGUAAUGAUAUUUUUAUCAUGUAUUUUAUUUGACCUUAUACUGUACUGGUAUUUUUUAUCCUGUAUUUUAUUUGACCUAUGAACUAAAUACACCAAUUAAUACUUUCAAUUCUGUGUA